AUGGGCACAGCUGUGGAUGCUUCAGCAGUUGUGGCUGAGGAGGAAAUACCCUCACCUUGUAAAAGUUAUGCUAUUCAUAAGUUAUACCUCAUCUUAGAAAUGUACUCCACACGUUCAGGUGGUCCUGGAAGUGGAAAGGGCACACAGUGUACCAAUAUUGUGGAACACUUUGGAUUCACCCAUCUUAGUGCCGGAGAUCUUUUGCGUGCAGAGAUCAAAUCUGGCUCAGAGAAUGGAACCAUGAUUGACGACAUGAUAAAGGAGGGAAAGAUUGUUCCAUCAGAAGUAACCAUAAAGCUGUUGAAGGAGGCCAUGAUAAAAAGUGAAAAUGACAAAUUUCUGAUUGAUGGAUUUCCAAGGAACGAAGAGAAUCGUGCUGCGUUUGAGAAUGUUACAAAAAUUUCUCCUGCAUUCGUUCUAUUCUUUGAUUGUGCUGAGGAAGAGAUGGAAAGAUGUCUUCUGGGGCGCAAUCAGGGAAAAGUUGAUGAUAACAUUGAAACUAUCAGAAAAAGGUUCAAAGUUUUUGUUGAAUCUAGUUUGCCUGUCAUUGAGUACUAUAGCUCAAAGGACAAGGUUAAAAAGAUUGAUGCGGCAAAACCAAUUCCUGAGGUCUUUGAAGACGUGAAGGCCAUUUUUGCCCCAUAUGCUCCAAAGGCUGAAUAG